AACGUGGGGACCGGUGUCGAGAGUUUUUAUGAGCUGCGCGUCUUGCCGUGUACCUGUCAACCGCCUCCGCGAGAACUCUCCGUGUUUACUGUUUGCUCGCAGCGCUCCGGCCGCUCUUUCCCUGUGCGUCGCCCUCUGCGCCUUCCCGCUCUGCCCCCGGCGCGCCGACAGGUCGAAUCCACCCCGCCAGUCCCCGUCGCCGCCAUGGGAAGCUCGCUCGCUGAGGCGACCGAGCUGAAAAACAAGGGCAAUGAAGCCUUCAAGAAGCAGGACUGGCCCGCUGCCGUGGAGUGGUACACCAAGGCCAUCGAGGCCUACGACCAGGAGCCCUCGUUCUACACAAAUCGUGCACAGGUCGGUACAGAGUGCCCCGCACGCGACCACGGUCCUGACAUCCGCACAGGCAAAUAUCAAGCUAGAGUCGUACGGUCUGGCGGUCCACGACGCCGACAAGGCAAUUGAGCUCGACCCGAACAACGUCAAGGCAUUCUACCGCCGCGCUUCUGCCAACACCGCAAUCCUGCACCACCGCGAGGCUCUGCGCGAUUGGAAGCUGGUAGUCAAGAAGGCCCCCAGCGAUGCUACGGCAAAGGUCCGGUUAGCCGACUGCGAGAGGAUUGUAAAGCGCGAUGCCUUCCUCAAGGCAAUCGAGGUCGAAGACGCGCCGUCGGCAGCCGAGGGUCUGGAUCUUGAGCACAUGGCGGUCGACUCGUCGUACGACGGCGCAAAACUGGGCGACAAGAUCACGCUUGAGUUCGUCGAGGACAUGAUUGAGCGCUUCAAGAACGGCAAGAAGCUGGCUCUGAAAUACGUCUACCAGAUCAUAAUAGCGGUUAUGGAGAUUGUCCGGAAUGAGCCGACCAUGGUCGAGGUUGAUGUCGAAGAGGGCCAGGAGAUCACCGUUUGCGGUGACACUCACGGACAAUACUUUGAUCUCUUGAAUAUCUUCAAGCUCGCCGGCAAGCCCUCGGAAAAGCACAUGUUCCUCUUCAACGGGGACUUCGUAGAUCGAGGUUCUUGGUCUACCGAGAUUUGCCUCCUGCUCUACGCCUACAAGUGGCUGUACCCCAGCAAGUUCUUCCUGAACCGCGGCAACCACGAGACCGACGAUAUGAACCGCAUGUACGGCUUCGAAGGCGAAUGCCGUGCGAAAUACACCAAGGACCGCGUUUUCAAGCUCUUCUCCGAGUCCUUCUCCGCCCUUCCCCUCGCAACGCUCAUUGGCAAGAAGUACUUCGUACUCCACGGUGGUCUGUUCUCGGAUGACAAAGUUACUCUCGACGACGUGAGGAAACUGGACCGCUUCAAGCAGCGCCAGCCCGGGCAGUCAGGACUGAUGAUGGAGAUGCUCUGGACAGAUCCGCAGACCACGCCUGGCCGUGGCCCCUCCAAGCGCGGUGUCGGCCUUCAAUUCGGGCCCGAUGUUACCAAGCGCUUCUGCGAGAACAACGGCCUUGAGGCCAUCAUUCGCUCCCACGAGGUGCGCAUGGACGGCUACGAGGUGGAGCACGACGGAAAGUGCAUCACUGUCUUCUCGGCACCGCACUACUGCGACAGCACCGGCAACAAGGGAGCCUUCAUUAAGAUUGGACCCGAGUACAAGCUCAACUUCACACAGUUCGACGCCGUGCCGCAUCCGAACGUCAAGCCUAUGGCUUAUGCUUCGAACGGACUUCAGGGCAUGCUAUAAAAGUUGAGCGGAGUUGGUGGCAUGCUUGGAUAUCCCCUGUAGCGCAUGCAUACUUUGGUGUUUGGCGUAUCUGCAUACCAUGGAUGCUUACACUUUCUAUACGAUACGCCUGGAUCUGGGGACGGGAGUUGCACAGUGUUGCAUAUUACAGUAGGUGUAUUAUAGACACGCCCGUUUCAGCAGACGGACAUACCUAUAGAGGUUAUCUCUCUAGGUACGUAUACUGAAUCCGUACCCAGCAUGUUCCUCACCGUUAUUGCGAAAGGCGAGUGUUUGCGUCCACAUCACGGAGG